CCCCCCCCUUCUCUUGCCAGGCUCUUUGUCUCUAUAUGUGAGCUAUCGAUCAAGUGCCGCCAAUAUAGUUCUCUGCAUCGGUGAUAUAUUUAGUUCUCAACAUGCUUAUGAAUCGAGUCGAUCGCUCUAAUAUUAUCGACUUGAUACUUCCAAAAUUAACCAUUCAACUUUCUCAGUCUAAGAAUAGACGGUGCUGUGGUGAGCUGUUAUCCUCAGGCUUAGAGCAAAGGUUUAUUGAUCUUUUCUUUUCUUUUCUUUGCUCCCGCUAGGGAGUGCAGGUGCACGGUUCCCUGAAGAAGAGCAAAAAAGAUAAACAAGAAUUCUCGAGAUAGCCUGAUGUCGGCGUUGCUGUCGAUGGAUUUGACUUGGAACACGAUAAUACUAGUCGCGUGUGUGAACUAACUGGUUAGAUGAAAAGGAUGGAUGGAUGCACCUCUCGACCAGUAAGUACUUAUGUACAUACAUUGACCGCGAACCAUAAACGACGCAGAGUAUGAGGACAUGACUUGCCAAGAAUUGUUUCAUUGGGGUAUCUGCGUUAGAGGAACCCCUUCUUAGAAAUAUUUUAGUCUUCCAACCAAUCCCAUUUCAUUCGGCCAGAAGGGACGGGCUGUUAUUUGUCUCAUCAAGUUCUCGACUGGGCGAAAUCAGGCCAUCGAAGCUACUAGCAGGAAAGGUAUGAUUGAAUUACCGUAAUUAAUCUUACUGAGGGGUCAAAGUAGAGAAGGGAUCAAGAGAUCCACAGGUGAUGACUCGAUGUGGGGGGAAGCGCUUGACUUACGGAAUAAAUUAAUCUGGUAAAUUAUGAUUGUGUGUUCAUGGUUGUACUAGUGGCAAUUAUCUUUAUUCUGGAUGGAUCUCUCAUUUCUCGUCUGGAAAUCAGAGAUUUAGCUGCAAUAAAUGGUACCCGAGAAGUCUUGG